CUAAGCCUCUCAGCGACAACGUUGACGAAAGCUCGUCAACUGGAUCUAUCAUGACCACCGUCUCAGAAGACACCAUAGUACGAAAUCGUAUUCUGCUCGACAACCGGGCAUUCAAAAAGUGCUUUCUCCGCUAUGUUUCGCAAAAUGCAUCUGGCAAGGACAGCGAAGUUAAUCAGGUGCUCACGGACCUGUCGCAACUCGAAGUCGGCUUACAGAAACACCAGCUGAUACAUGAUAUGAAUAAUCGAGAGAUCCAGCUGUAUGAAGAGGAAAAGACACGUAUUGAGCAAGAAAUUGGAAAAGGCAGAGAGGAAAUAGUCUUGCUGAAAGCGCGGCUCAUGGAAGUCCAGAGAAUUCGCGCCAACAAGUUGGAAUACGAUGAGGUAGCACAAAAGAUCAACGAGUUGCCUUCACGUAAUAGAAGUAUAGAAAAUGCGUUGAAACUACGGACUAAAAUCGAGCGAUUGAAAGCGGAUACGCAGAGCACACGGAUAAAACGUGAUCUCCGCAGAAAGCAGCUCUUGACUAUCAUUACGGCGAUUCACGAGCUUCAAGAUACCAUUACGGAAGAUCAUGAAGAAGAGGAAGAAAGGGCUAUGGAAGAGAAGCUAAACGAAGAAGCUCCUACACCAUCUGUACAGGAAGAAGAGGAAGAAGGUGUCCUCAUGGAGGACGAAUUAAGCGAGCGUCGCGUAGAAGCCAUGGAUUUGUCAUGAUGGACAUAUCUCCUUGUGCCCGGCGCUAUUAAUUGUAAAUAGAUUGAAUGUCUCCUUCUUGAUCAAUUGCAGUAGGAGAUUUGGACACUGGUUCAUAUUACGGCAUUGCUGAAUGCACAUGGUAUACAGAACGCACAAGGCAAGCCGCAAUUAAGGACGGCAAGUACCAUAUAUACACUAUAUUAGUUGAUCGCGACAAGUAUCAAUACACUAAAGCUGAG